GUCUGGAGCUGUCUGGGAUUCUUAAAGGUAAAAGCAGCGGUCCGUCUGCAGACUCAACCCUGCUGUCAGUCCACCAUUAAGCUCGACACGUUGGGAAAGAUUGAUUUAACAUUAUGAAAAUCCAUUUGUUGAUGUCUGACGGAGAUAUUUAAACAGGAAUGCAGUCGGUCACAGUGGAGGAAGAUUAUGGUGACUCGGCAGGUUCAUCCACUGCUUCAGUGGUGCAGGUCUGCUUCCCCAGCGUGCAGUCUUCAGUCCUGGACAGUCUGAAUCGGCAGCGUGAGGAAGGCCAUCUCUGUGAUCUCUCCAUCCAUGUGCAGGGUCAAGUGUUUAAAGCCCACAGAUGUGUACUGGCUGCAUCAUCACCUUACUUCCAUGACCAGGUGCUGCUGAAGAACAUGUCCACCGUCUCCAUCCCAGCAGUCAUGGAUCCCCUUGCUUUUGAAAGUGUCCUAAGUUGUGCUUACACCGGCAAGCUGCGUUUGCUUCGUGAAGACAUCGUGAACUACCUCACGGUCGGCAGCGUGCUUCAGAUGUGGCAUAUUGUGGACAAAUGCACUGAGCUUCUCAAAGAGGGGAGAGGAGGUUCAAGUGGACCUCAGGGUAGUGAAGAAAAGGUGAACGCGGGGCUCAGCGGCACCAUCAAGGUUGCCCAGGCGGAUGGAGAAGACACACCUUCUACUCCUCAACCUCCUAGCCGACCAUCAUUUAGCGAGAGCCAGUCUCCCAGCAGCACCAACUACUUCAGUCCUAGAGAGGGAAACUUCGGAGGGGCCAUGGUGACCACCGGUGGAGCAGUAGGAGAAAACGCAGUCCACUCUACUCCCACCUACUGCACUCCUUCCGGUGGGGAGGAAGGUUUUCUGAUUGAGGACGAUGAGGAAGACGAUGAGCUUUUGUUUCAGAGGAAAAGAGAACGGGGAGGUGGGAAGCGGAAGAGUUCAAUUUCCGUCUUGGAUCAAGAGGUUGGUGUGAGUGACAGUUUUGGAGUUUCUUCGUAUCAAGAUGGAGACGCAUCGCCAUCACAAAAACGCCCGUCGUAUAGUCAGCCAAGCAUCAUGCCGAGAAAACAGUGGGUGGUGGUGAAGACGGAGCACUCGAGGGAUGAUGACCUCAUCGUGGUGUCAGGAGAGGAAGGAGGUGAGGAUGAAGAGGAACGAGAGAUGGAGAUGAUCAGAGAGAGAGACAGGACGUUUAACAUAUCAAAUGUAAGGACUCUAUCCGGACUCCGAGAAGAUGCUGAAAUGGAUGCACAGGUUGACUAUUGCCAAUCUUCAGAAGACUACCUCAAGUUUGAGAGGGGUUUGAUGGACCAGACAUCCUCUCAUCCUACUGAGAAUCCCACUCAAUGUACCAGCAGGUCCGUUUCUGCCUUGCUCGGCCCCGUUCAGUCUACUUCCGCCCGUGCUCAGCUCUUUCCUCUGGAUAUGCAAGGAAACCAGAUUCUUCUGUACAAUCAGGCUGCUCUUGAAUCUUCAUCUCAAUUGGGUCUCACAGGAGGAAUGUCUGGUGCGUCCCUAAAAGGCAGCCUUGAACACGGAGCGGUAAAUUUACCCAGCCAAGGAGCUUUGAGCAGCGGCAUUGAAGGAUUGGACAGCGGAGGGGGUGGCGGAUCAGGCAAGGUCUUCAUGUGUCACUGCGGGAAAACAUUCACACACAAAAGCAUGCGAGACCGCCACAUCAACAUGCACUUGGACCUACGGCCCUUCCAUUGCCCCGUCUGCUCCAAGAAGUUCAAGAUGAAGCAUCACCUCACCGAACACAUGAAGACGCACACGGGUCUGAAACCCUACGACUGCCACGGCUGUGGGAAGAAGUUCAUGUGGCGCGACAGCUUUAUGAGGCACCGCUCGCACUGUGAAAGACGUGGCGGGGGUGCAAGGAUGGCGUCCGACGGCUCUGUCAUCUCUCCGCCCCAUCACUUGAAGCUCUCAGGCAGUGAGCCCAGUCAGAGUCGAAGCGGGGUCUCGGUUUUAUCUCCUCAACAUUCAAUUAGUAGCAGCGGGGGCUCGUGUCUCGGCAUGCUGGGGCCUCUAUUAGGAAUCGGUUCUCAAAGUGGGGUGCACAACCUAGGUUCUGGAGUUUUGGGUGGCGGUCGUGUGGAGGAAGUGUGCGAGGGGAAUGACGAUGAAAGUAGUGUCACAUAGACUAAACUAUGCUAUGUUUCAUUCCAGUACCACUGUUCUUCAAAACUUGUGAACGUCUUCUAAGGGACCACAUGCACAAUAAUCCGAUGAACAAUGCGAUACCUCGACAGUUUUGCGUGAGUGUGCCAUACGUGGUGUGUUUGGAAAUAAUACCCAUUACAAAGUGCCCAUUGCUGGCUCACCUGUGUGUCUACUUCUUAAAGAUGUUCAAGAAGACCAGGCUGCUAUGGUGACUCAAUCGGUCACUUUUGCAUACAAACUGCCUCACUAGCACAGAACGUGUGUUCACUGUUACUCUAAAGUGCCAUUCUGUUCUGUACGAUUAUGUUGUGUACAUUACUGUAUCUCAGAUGUGAAGUUUUAAUGUACUUUCACAUAGUAUAUUCCCUCCUGAAAGUUAAAGGAAUAGUUCACCAAAAAAUGAAAAUUCUGUUAUCAUUUACUCAUUCGCAAGAUGAACACAAAGAAACACAAAGAAAGAUUUUUGUAAGCAGGAGCACCCUUUAAGGGCGAUUUAUGGUCGUGCGUAAGUAUCCGUAGCCUGUGCGUAGCUCUCCGUAGCCUAAUGUGCACCUCGCAAAAAUUUUAACAGCGCGUCAGAUCUACGCGGACUGCAAGCGCUGUGAUUGGUCCACCAGAACCCCUCCCGUCAGGUAAAAAAACUGCGUUAUAGGUAUUUACG